ACACGACGGUAUGUAUAAUGAUAGUGCUACUACGAUAGAGGAUAGAGGAUGUGAGCCCCAUGGUCCGGACACCCCGCUGGCACCGCUCGUGCACCUAUAAAUUUGCUUUGCCAUCGCGUCGUCGGGAUCGUGUACUCGUCGUAGCCACCACACCGCCCACACACCCACACCGCCGGUAGCGAGGCAGCUCACAUGGCGGCGACGGCGACGGCGACGGCGGCGCCGGAGGAGGAGGAGGGGAAGAGGGUGAUGACGAGGGCGCUGGAGUGGGAAGGGUGCGUGGUGUCGCCGGUGCCGACGGCGACGGCCGACGAGGCGUGGGCUCUGCUGUCGGACUUCCUCGCCUUCCACCGCUGGCACCCGCGCGUCGCCAAGUGCCGCCCCGCCUCGCCGUCGGCCGCGGCGAGCACGGCCGCCGCCCCGCCGGGCUCCGUCGUGCGGUACUGCGAGGGCACGCCGCGCGGCGACGGGGCGCCGCCGGACUGGGCGCACGAGACGCUGCUCGAGCACGACGCCGCGCGCCGCUUCUUCCGCUACGAGAUGAACGACAACAACAUGGGCUUCGGCGUCUUCGUCGCCACGUUCCGCGUCGUCCCCGACGCUGGCGGCGGCGACGCGGACGCGCCGGGGUGCGAGCUCCGGUGGGAGUUCGAGGGCGACCCCGUGCGCGGCACGCCCAAGGAGGCCCUCGUCGCGCGCCUGCAGGCCGGCCUCGACGGCAUGGCGGCGCGCGUGCAGGAGCACCUCAUGUCCGCCCGCGCCGCCGACGCCGCCGUCAUCGCCGCCGGCGGCGUCGAGGCCGCCGACGAGCUCAACCGGGACAAAUACUCUAUCGCGGUCUGAGUGUUCGUCCGGUCCGUCGAUCGAUCGGUACAGUACACCAGUAUAUGCGCGGUUGCUGGUCAACUUUAUACGUGAACUAAUUUGGCUGCAAAAACGUAUAUUGUUCGAUGAAAAUACACGAACUCUGUCGCCGUCUUCCGUAUAUAUGUACGUACCUACGUAUACCUACCUACGUAUACGGUAUACUGUGUUUGUACGUGCUUGGGGUAUGGGAAUAAACGUUACUAAGUACUGAAAAAAAAACCAGUCUCUAGCUUGUCUCUCCUCGUGUACUGUUCGAUCGUGGCAUUAUUUGGUUUUGUAAUUUAAUUUGUAAAUUUUAUUAUAUGGAAGUCAAUGCAAGGAUUAAUUUUAAUGUUGACUAA